AUGAGCUCCAUCUGUCUAAGCAAGGAUAUUUUGAGGGAUGUGUUGGGGACAUCUCCUCUCAUGGGGACUUGGGAUCCAGGCGCCCGACACUCAACUAAAAAGUCGAGCGGAAGCUUUAAGGCUCUUACUCUUUGGCGGGAAAGAGAGCGGUAUGGCUCCACACCCUUAACUGUUUGGUGGUACUCCCCAAAGCAUUGCAUUGGCGCUCCUGAAAAGGAAAUAACGCGCAUGGGCUUCUCCUCAACUGAGGAAGCGAGCUAUAUGUGCUCCAUCUGUCUAAGCAGGGAAAUUUCGAGGGAUGUGUUGGGGACAUCGCCUCAUGGGGGCAUGUUAUCCAAGCGCCCGAAACUCAACUAA